AAUUACCCACAGCAAGCACCUUUUGAAUCUCUAUCGAGUGUGCCAUUCCAUGACCAUGGCAAGCCAUUACUUCGCAGUCAUCUUCAUAGUGAGCGCCAUGUUCUACGUCAGUGGUACAGAUGCAGGAAGAUUCUGUCCACCUCCGCUUUGUCGUUGUCGGCGUCCCUUUUGCAGGCCGCCUAACCCAUCCGAAACUCUCAAAAGCGAUGAGGUAAAGCCUCAUAGCAUCCAAACUCCUCUCAGCUCCAAGUGGUUGCAGGAUUGGGACCCCCCUACCCCCACGAAACCUAGCGGUCCAGCAGAGGAGCCUGCACCUCCUAAUUCAGACCUCGUUACAUCCCCCAAGAAGCCUGGGUUGCAGUAUUGGGAACCUGGUACACCCCACAAGCAAACUCCCCAUAUCGCAGAGGAGCCUGCAGUUCCCAAUUCACCCCUCAAGCAAACUCCCCAUACCGAUGAAGUAAAGCCUCAUAGCAUCCAAACUCCUCUCAGCUCCAAGUGGUUGCAGGAUUGGGACCCCCCUACCCCCAAGAAACCAAGCGGUCCAGCAGAGGAGCCUGCACCUCCUAACUCAGACCUCGUUACAUCCCCGAAGAAGCCUGGGUUGCAGUAUUGGGAACCUGGUACACCCCCCAAGCAAACUCCCCAUAUCGCAGAGGAGCCUGCAGUUCCCAGUUCACCCCGUUACGCCCCCUAAGAGCCCUGGGUUGCCAAAUUGGGAGUUCUGAGUGUUGGAGGUGUUUGAGUUCUGUAGGUGGAUGUUAGCUCCUAGUGAGAAUCACGUCCAAUAAGAUGCCGUUGAGAAAUCAGCUGUUGAAAUGUGUUCUGAGUUUGCAUGUGUGAGGUUUUUACUCUUUUUCUUAGUACUUGAUGCACGAGACAUUUAGUUUCGUGUAACCUAA